AUUUUAUGAGAUUUACGUUUUUCAGCAUUUCUAACGUUGUCGCCAUGUUCAACACUAUUAUGAACAUUGGAACUAAGUUUGUGUCCUACAUAUAAUUUGAUGACAAAUUCCUAUUUAGUUUAGAGUUUUUAAUUUUCUGUAUUAUUUUUCUAACUUCACGAUUCAAAAAUGGACUUUUUUGAACAAGAAGCUGAAGUUUCUUCAGAUUCCGAUAGUUCAUUAUCUGACGCUGUUGAGAUUAAAAAGAAAAAGAAAGAAGUCGUUCGUAAAAAAAGAACAAUUGACGACGAUGAUGAUGAGGAAGAAGAAGAUGAUGAAGAAAAGUUAGCUGAAGAAAUGAAAGAUUUGAUUAAUGAUGAUGUUGAAGAAGAAGAGAGCGAUGAUAAUGAUAGUGUAACUGGCAAACGGAAACAUGACUCAGAUAUAGAAGAUGACGAUCAACUUGAAGAAGAUGAUUACGAUCUUAUUGAAGAGAAUUUGGGUAUUAAAGUUUCAAGAAAGCAAAAACGUAAGCGUAUCCGAGUUGCAUCAGAUGAUGAUGAUAGUGACCGUGAAGAUGAAGAAAGCAAAACUGAUGCUCAAAUGCGAGAAAUUGCAAACACAUUAUUUGAUGAUGAUGAAGAGGAAGAGGAGGAUGCUGCAGAAGAUAGUGCAGUGCCUGCUAGUGAACGAGAAGAAGAGCCAAAGAAAGACGACCUUGCACUUGAUAUUGAAGGUUCAGAUGAAGAAGAAUCAGAUAUUGAUGAUUUUAUUGUUGAUGAUGAAGGCCAACCAAUUAGUAAAGGAAAGAAGAAAAAGCCUGUUAUACACACAGACAAAUCUUUGCAAAUUGCACAAGAUAUUUUUGGUGUUGAUUUUGACUUUGCUGAUUUAGAUAAAUAUGAUGAAGAGGAAGAUGAAGAAGACUAUGAAGAUGAGUAUGAAGAAGACAUGGAAGAAGGUGAAGCUGCUCUGAAAACCAAAAAAGCUGGACGAAAACGGACAUCAAAGAAAAGUAUUUAUGAGAUUUACGAACCAAGUGAAUUAGAGAGGGGUCAUUUUACUGAUCUUGAUAAUGAAAUUAGAACUGUAGACGUUCCUGAAAGAUUCCAGCUUCGUCAAAUUCGUGUUACUCAAACUGAAGAAGGGGAAUUAGAUGAGGAAGCAGAAUGGAUUUAUAAACAGGCAUUUACAACUAAACUAAUUUCCAAACUGAGUGACCACGGAGAAGGACAAUAUUCCUAUUACCAACCAAAAAGUACAUCUGCAAUUAAUAAAAUUAGAGAUGCAUUAAAUUUCAUGAGGAAUCAUCUUCAUGAAGUUCCAUUUAUUGCAUUUUAUCGGAAAGAAUAUGUAGAACCUGACUUGAAUAUAAAUGAUUUGUGGCGUGUCUGGGAAUAUGAUGAAAAAUGGAGUCAAUUAAGACAAAGAAAACAAAAUCUUGUUCGGCUGUUUGAGAAAAUGCAGAACUUUCAAUUUGAAGAGAAUUCAGAUCCUGAUAAAGUUUUAGAGACUCGACCACUUACAAGUGAUGAUGUUGCAAGAGUAAAAAAAGUUCAAACUUUAGAAGAACUUCGAGACUGCUAUCAACAUUUCCUCCUCCAUUAUGGAUCUGAUAUACCAAAGAUGCGGAAUAUGGAGAAGAAAAAGAAGCAAGAAGAAUCAAACACUGAUGAAACUGCUCAAGAAGCUACUGAUACCAUCAAGCAGGCCACUCGUAAAACUGGAUAUGACCUUUGUCUACAAGCGAAACUAGAUGAUAUUGCACAGAAGUUUGGACUCACUCCUGAACAAUUUGGGGAAAAUUUACGUGAUAACUAUCAGCGUCAUGAAGUUGAUCAAUAUCCUGGUGAACCUUCUGAGCUUGCUAAAGACUUAAUAAGUGGUCAAUUUCCAACUGAAGAAGAUGUUUUAAUGGGUGCUCGUCAUAUAGUGGCAAUGCAAAUUGCACAUGACCCAUUAGUACGACAGUGUAUUCGAUCAGCUUACUUUGAGAGAGCUAAAAUAAAAGUAAGACCAACCAAAAAGGGAAUGAAAGAAAUUGAUGAGAGCCACCCAUGUUAUAGUUGUAAAUAUUUGCGGAAUAAGCCAGUUAUAGACCUGAAAGAUGAUGCAUUUGUAAAACUUUCUCAGGCAGAAGAAGAUGGUCUGUUGGUCAUUGAAUUCAGUAUGGAUAAUUUCUCUGGAAAUACACAAACGUAUUUCAAAGAAAUUCAACAACUUUAUUACAGAGAUGAAUUUAGCAAACUUGUACAGCAAUGGAAUAACCAAAGAAGUCAAGCAUUAGAAAGAGCUCUCAAUAAAAUUCUUUAUCCCCAAAUGGAAAAGGAAAUUCGUGCAAAAUUACUGAAAGAAGGAAAAGAUUAUGUUUUGAGAGCAUGCUGUCGUAAGUUGAACAACUAUUUAAAAGUUGCUCCAUACCAAGCUGAUCAACAGCUUGAAGAUGAUUAUGAUUAUGAUGAUAACAGUAAUGGACUGAAAGUUAUGGGUGUUGCGUACAGUACCUCCUGGGAUAUACCAUCCUUUGCUGUGAUAAUUGAUGGUAAUGGUCAAGUUACUGAUUUUCUCAGACUUCAAGAUUUGACAAAACGGCGCAAUGCAUGGCGUCAAAGAGACAAAGAAUUAAAGGAAAGAGAUGUUGCAAAAUUAAAGAAAUUUAUAUCUUCGAAAAAGCCUCAUGUUGUUGCAGUAAGUGGAGAAUCAAGGGAGAGCUUAAUGAUUAUUGAUGACAUCAAAGCUAUUAUCAGUGAAUUAGAACAAGAACAGGACAUGCCACCUAUAAAUGUUGAACUUGUAGAACAUGAUCUGGCUCUGGUUUAUGAAAACAGCAAUAGAGCUACUACUGAUUUUCGUGAAUACCCAUCAGUACUUCGGCAUGCUGUUUCUAUAGCACGUCGACUUCAAGACCCCUUAGUUGAAUUUGCAUCAUUAUGCAAUGCUGAUGAAGAUAUCCUUUGCCUUAAGUAUCACCCUUUACAGGAUUGUAUUGCAAAGGAAGAUCUGUUGAAUGGUUUACAUCUUGAGUUUAUCAAUAGAGUGAAUGAAGUUGGUGUUGAUGUCAAUCAAGCCCUUGAUUUCCCUCAUCAUGCUUCACUAUUACAAUUUGUGUGUGGAUUAGGACCAAGAAAAGGCUCCCAUCUUAUAAGGAUACUCAAACAGAAUAAUAGUCGUUUGGAAAAUCGUACCCAACUAGUCACUGUCUGUCACAUGGGACCUAAAGUAUUUAUUAACUGCUCAGGCUUCAUAAAAAUUGAUACAAGUUCUCUUGGAGACAGUACUGAAGCCUAUGUUGAAGUCUUAGAUGGCUCUCGUGUUCAUCCUGAAACAUAUGAAUGGGCUCGAAAAAUGGCAGUAGAUGCUUUGGAAUAUGACGAUACAGCAGAAGAUGCAAAUCCAGCUGGUGCUUUAGAAGAAAUCUUAGAAAGUCCUGAAAGAUUGAAAGAUUUAGACCUUGAUGCAUUUGCUGAAGAACUAAAUAGACAGGGCUAUGGAAAUAAACAUAUUACUUUGUAUGACAUUCGAGCUGAACUAAAUCACCGUUAUAAAGAUCUGAGGACUUCAUUUCGUUCUCCAUCAAAUGAGGAGAAAUUUAAUAUGCUUACCAAAGAAACUCCACAGACAUUUUAUGCUGGAAAAUUAGUCCUUUGUGGUGUUACUGGUAUUGCUCGGAAAAGGCCCCAAGGUGAUCAACUGGAUGAAGCUAAUCCUGUUAGAAAUGAAGAAACUGGUCUAUGGCAAUGUCCUUUUUGCCAGAAAAAAGAUUUCCCAGAGUUGAGUGAGGUAUGGAGUCAUUUUGAUGCCGGAAAUUGUCCUGGAUCUGCUGUUGGUGUCAAAGUCCGGUUAGAUAAUAGUGUAUCUGGAUUCAUUCCAACAAAAAUGAUAAGUGAUAAACUGGUUACUAAUCCAGAAGAUCGAGUAAAAAUUGGUCAAACACUUCAUUGUAGAAUUACAAAGAUUGAUAUCGACCGAUUUCAAGUAGAAUUGACUUGCAGGUCCUCUGAUCUUCGAGACAAAGAAAACAACUGGAAACCCCAAAGAGAUUUAUAUUUUGAUUAUGAAUCAGAGAAAAGUGAUGCUGCAAAGGAAGAAGAAAAACGGAAAGUUCAAGCUCGACAAACGUACAUUAAACGAGUAAUUGUACAUCCAGCGUUCCAUAACAUAAGCUUUAAAGAAUGUGAGAAAUUGAUGGCUAACUAUGACCAAGGUGAAGUUAUAAUACGUCCUAGCAGUAAGGGAGCUGACCAUUUAACUGUUACUUUGAAAAGUGCUGAUGAUGUUCUACAACACAUAGAUGUGAGGGAAGAAGGAAAGGAGAAUGCAUUUAGCUUAGGGCGAUCUCUCUGGAUUGGAAACAUGGAAUUUGAAGAUUUAGAUGAAAUAAUUGCCCGUUAUAUUCAACCAAUGGCAUCCUUUGCACGUGACAUUAUGCACUUCAAAUAUUAUAAAGAAGGUGUUAGUGCAAAAAAAGAUGUAGUUGAUAAAUAUCUGAUUGAUGAAAAGAAAAAGGCACCCUCUAGGAUUCCAUAUGUAUUGACUGCUUCACCUCAAUAUCCUGGAAAAUUUAUGCUUUCAUACUUACCAAGAAACAAACCCAGACAUGAAUAUGUUACUAUUUUACCUGAUGGAUUGCGAUAUCGAUCACAGACUUUUCAUUCAUUAAAUUCCAUGAUACGUUGGUUCAAAGAACACUUUCGAGAACCAAUUCCAGGAACUCCGUCAAGCAGUUCUAGAACACCUGCUCCAUCGUUUACUACACCUGCUCUGAGCAUGCAAGGUGUAGAUGCAGCAACAAUUCACCGAGCUGCAGCUGGUCUUCCAAACAAUAUUUACAAUACUCUGGCCCAAGUAGCUACUGGAACCCCUCAGCAUAUUGGAAGCAAUUCGAAUUACACUGGUGCAUAUAGUGGUGGCAAUUAUUAUCAGCCUAUGGCCACACCAAUGAUGACUCCAAUGUUAACUCCAUCAUACCACAGUCAAACACUGCAAGCAACACCAGCACAUUCAUUGGCUACACCUUCUUAUCAGCCUACUCCAAGGUCUGCUAUCUGGCCUGGGGCCACACCAAGUCGCACUCCUCAAAGAACACAACCUCGCCCCACAACCAGUAGUACUGAUUGGGCAAAAGCUGCCGAAAUGUGGGCUAAGAGAAAACAAAGUGGUGCCUCUACUCCUAAACCAGGAACUCCACGGCAUGGCAGCAGUCCUGCUGUUAGAUCAGUUUCUAACACAACUGAAGGGACUGGAGAUGCCACACCACUUAUUGAUGAACGCUAGUUAAUAUAGAUUUUUUUCUUUAUUAGCUAACGGAAAUGGAAGACAGUAAAAUUUACUUUCCUAUUUAUAGGAAAUCUUUAUAUAUAUCCUUUAAUAUCACUUAUUAACUUUGUUCUUUAUCAUCUUGUGUUUUUUUGCUUUUAAAUGAUUUCAUCUGAAACUAGAAAUGUUUUUGCUUUUUAUUUUCUUUCGGAUUUUUACCAUUAUUAUUGUUUAUAUACAUAAUUUUUUCAAUUCUAAUUUAUUCUUCUGAGAAUAAUGAUAGCAAACUUUCCUUAAGAAAAUUCCUGAUACUGCUGUCAUUACUACAUCUUGCAUAUAUCAGCAAAAAUAAAGUGAUCAUGUCUUUAUUGAUUGGAUUAAUCAGAUAAAUGCUUGGGUUCAAACUAUUUUUCUUAUUAAUGCAAAUUAUAUUUCAGUUACUUAAGUAUUAAUUAAAAGCAAAAUGCCAAACAAAAUAUUCCAGUUGUUUUUAAUUUUAAUGUAAGUCAAAUACCUCAAGUUAUAUUUUAUUUUAUUUUAGUUAUUUUUAGCUGAAGAUGUCUUUGAAAGCAAGUUUGUAACUAAAUUUAUUUGUUCACUGUCUGCUAGCAUGUCUUUGUUUUGAUUUCUGUAAAUAAAACCUUUGCUCCAAUCAAA